AUGCUAACUAGGUUAGAAGAGGACAUAAAAGUUUCUGGUUUGUUAAGGAUUUGUCAUUCCUCAUCAGGUAACUAGCUAGAAACCAGGUUGGUAUCUACCAGUAUAUAUGUUAUCAUAGCAAAGUAGUCACUGGCUUAUUCAUACUUUCUACUUAUACUGUCCAUUUCUGGGAGUUCUUACACUUUCAACUCUUUUUGAGGCAAGUGGAAGAGUUAUUUUUUAACCUUAUUUUAUCUUAAAUGGGUACUAAAAAGUUCGUGUAUUUUAGAAUCUCUACUCUCAAUAUAUUAACUUUUUGUACUCGAUUUGUUAAAAAAAGGGAAUAGUCUUUUUUUAACAGGGUAUAGUUCAUUAGUAUAGUUCAUGACGUAGGCGUGAUAAAGUUAGUGUGUUGAAUGCAGGUGAUUGGAUGAGCUUUGAGUCUGUUCAUGUUUUCACAGAGUUUACAAUCAUGCAAUCCUGUAUGAAGAUACCGCUGGCCACUACGUUAAGCUUACUGCUGUUACUAUUAAUCAACUUUUGUUCUGCAAAUGACAAGAACAGCAGCAAACCACGUGAUAAGGUGAGUUUGUUUAAUAAACGAUUGUUUAAUCGGGAAAUUCUUUUAUGUCAUUUGCUGUGUUAUGAUAAUUGAAAAGUGAAACAACUGAACAGGCUCUUUAGGUAAAAAGAUCAUGAUCAAAUGAUGGCUGACUCAAAAAUUGUCAACGUGUUUCUCUAAAAUGCCACUGUCGCAAUUUUUUCAACUCAAACAUUGGAAAUUCAGCGUUUCUUGGAAUAUUAAAAGAUAUUUAAAGCAAAACAAAUUUGGCCUACAGGACAAUAAUGCAUGUUUCCAUUUAAUAUUCUCUUAGAUUACAUGUCAGCAGACUUCACCUUAUGGUUCCUGUGGUCAUGGUGGGUGUUUCUGUGUACCAGGAAUUCCAGGCAUCCCAGGAAGCCCUGGACCCGCGGGACCAGCAGGUGUUACGGGAUCAUCCGGUAAUCAUGGACCUGAAGGACCCAUGGGCCCACGAGGAAACAAAGGUGAUGAAGGAACCCGUGGAAGACAGGGACCUCCAGGCCCAAACGGUAACAAAGGAAAAGCAGGUCCCCCUGGCCCUAAGGGACCUCAAGGACCCUCAGGUUCAGCUGGUUCCCAUGGAAACAAGGGUGAUACAGGUGCUCGUGGAAGUCAAGGUCCCCCAGGCCCAAAGGGUGAUCCAGGAUCGUUUGGUCGUAAUUGGAAACAAUGCGUUUUUAAGAAGCUGAGUGAUGGAAGGGAUUCUGGAUUGAUAAAGGUAAAGACUCAGUUUACAGUUCAAAAAAUGUGAAGUUACCCUAAAGUAAAUAAGAGAUUGACUAACUUCGGAUUGAAAAUUCGAUUUAUGUCAACUUUAUCAGGAAGAAUGAUUUUUAUUCACUACAGUAGGCUCGGAACUAACCCAUGGCUGCCUUCAAAUAAUAUUUCUUUGUUCAUUAUUUAUAAUUUUGGUCCUAUUUUUUCAGUUUUGGUUGCUGACGUUGUUGAUCUUCAAAUGAUCUAUGAUGUUCCUAUUUAUAUUUUCACAGGAAUGUAUUUUCAAGAAGCUGUCAGACAACACAGCACUGCGUGUCUCCUGGACUGGCGCUCUUCGAAUCUAUAACUGUGACAGCUGCUGCAGUCGAUGGUAUUUCACCUUCAACGGUGCAGAGUGUUCAUCUCCUGCAGCAAUUGAUGGUGGAGUCUACAUGAGGUAUGGAAGUGGCAGCAGACUAAAGGAUUUGCACCGCGUACGUCACAUUGAAGGAGUCUGUGAGAAAAUCCACAAAGGUACAGUGCGCGUUGGAUUCUGGGUCGGCAAAUGUGCCAGUCACAAAUCUGCCGAUGCUAACACAGGCUGGCCCGGAGAGUCCCGGAUGUACGUGGAAGAAAUACCUCCCCCACAGGCUUAAUAACAGCAGAUUCUGAUUUCCUUCUAACUUAAAGCGUGAUUAACAAGCUAUUUAUGGACAAUUUUGGUAUUAGAAAGAAGUUGAAACUGUCAAAAGAAGGGUGAAGGGUUUUAGAAGGUACAUUGUAACACGAAACAAAUGUAAGAAAUCUGCAAAUGCAAAAUAAAGCCACUUUGAAAAGUAC